AUGGGCCGUCCGAUGUCAGGUCUGGCUCUACCAGUCCUCAAGCUGGCCACCCUGAAGCAUCUGGAGACAACGAUGUUCUCGACUCACAAGGCCGCACAACCUCCUGGCAAGACAGGGGAACACGAUACAAUAGGUGGACAAUUAUCCGAAGCUGACUUGAAGGAGCUAUCCGGUCUGUAUAGGGGCCUGAAGGAUCUAGAUCUUCGUGUCAGCGCGAUCUCCCGUGGCUUGAUACAUAUCAUACAAGAAUACCCACAAGUGGCCCCCGCCAUCAAAGAGCAGCAAACACACCAUAGUCAAGCUGGAUCUAGCAAUGGAACGAGGGGUGUAAAUGCCAAGACUAUUUCAAAAACAACAAAGACGUCCAGACCUCCUCAUGCCGACUCUUUCAAUCCCGGCAGCUCAUUUCUACUGGGUGCCGUGAUGGCGUGGACAUUGCGAUCACUCCUCCAGGAGUACAAGGGUGGUUGGAGGUCGACCUCACGUGCCAAGAGCAACAAGACGUUAACCCCUUCAAAAGGCAGAGCUUCAUCCCUCAUCCCAGGAGCAUCAGCUUCAAUGGGGGAACCGCCUACGGAUUUGGUAGGAAGGAUGUCAGGGGAGCUCAAGGACUUACUGUAUGGUGAAGCUCUCAACAUCCUGUCGGCAUCCAUUAUGUCAGCGUGUAAGCAACUAUUCAAUGAUGGAACAUUAUUACGGAGUGUCACCAAAAGGGUGAUGAAGGAUUUGGUGAGGACUGUGAAUCAGGCAGCUGCUGUGGCACAAUCUUUCCCCAGUAUCACCCCUAGUGUUGCAAGCCCUGAAGAGACAUACAAUAAUCUUGUUAAUAUGUUUGCUCAAGGGGCACUAUCCAACCAAUGA